GGACCGCUCCACUAGAAGACGAAGGGGGCGUCUCCCCAGCUCCUGCGGCGUUGGUGGCGAGCUAAGGUGGAGGCAAGCAGCGGCAGCGGCGGCGACGUCGACAGUGGCGGCAGUGCCAUGGCGAGGCUCGCAGGAUCCCUGCUGCCUUGGUGAUCCCGGGCUGACAGCCAGAGAGCACAGCGGCUCAGCUCCUGGAGAGAGAGUCGAAGAAAGCGAAGGGCAGCCACCUGUGCCUGCUGGCUCCCAUUAGGUCGGUUCCUGCAGCGGUGCCUGGCAGCCUUGGUGAAGGCCCUGCCCGGCAGAGAUCAUGUAUUGCCUCCAGUGGCUGCUGCCCGUCCUCCUCAUCCCCAAGCCCCUCAACCCCGCUCUGUGGUUCAGCCACUCCAUGUUCAUGGGCUUCUACCUGCUCAGCUUCCUCCUGGAACGGAAACCUUGCACAAUAUGUGCCUUGGUUUUCCUGGCAGCCCUCUUUCUCAUCUGCUAUAGCUGCUGGGGAAAUUGUUUCCUGUACCACUGCUCCGAUUCCCCACUUCCGGAAUCAGCCCAUGACCCCGGUGUUGUGGGCACCUAACGUCUGCCGAGAUAGCUUGCCAAGGAAGCAGAAGACGGGAGGGGAGGCAUUGACAUAGGUCAUAAAGCAUUGGAGUUUCAAAUCCCGCAGCCCUGCGGGUACCACAUUCCUAAUGGAGCCUUUUGGCCUGUGAUGUUUUAUCCUUACAAUGUGAAUAAUGGCACUGUUCGGUGCUUCUAUUGUAGAGUCCUGUAGUCAUGGGUGGUCUUAUGGUUGUGUGUUCUGUCACCAUCUGGGUCCCGGCUGAUGGAUUGGCCCACCCCCUUGGUCAUUGAUUCGGGGAAUCUAUACCCUUGAUAUGACCUGUGUGGAUACAGUGUAGUCUCAAUGUCACCUCCAUAACCCUUCCUCGUCAAGACCUUCCUCGUUCCCUCCUCAGUCCCUUUCCCUAUUUUCCCCUUGGUUCACUUCCAACCCCUUUCCUUUUUGGGGGGAGCACCUGUCCAAGACAGGGCUUGUUUUUGCACUUAUCUCAAAUUUGAAGAGAUUGCUGAUGCCCGAGAGCCUCGCUUUUUCAUCCUUCGUUCCCUGUUGAGAAGGUGAGACGGAAUCAUGUCUCAACUGCUCGUUGUCUGCAGACUUCCAGUAUUUCCUCUGCCUCAUUUUAAAGAAAGAAGCGAUGGGGAGACAUUGCUCUUUGGCCUGGGUAUCUGGGCUCCUGCCUUCCAGCCCAGCCUCUCUCCCUUUGCUCUUCCUCCUGUCUCUCUCAGCUGACCUAAAGGGGCUGCCUCAUGUCUCCAGUGCAUGCUCUUCAGGAGGGAGAUGUGCAGUAUUCUCGUAGACCCAGUGGUCCUUGGCUGAGUGAAUGAGAAAGUAUUACAUUUUUCAUAGCAGCCAUGUUUCCCUUGAUAGGUGUUCGGAUAUUUUUGCUGUGCCCUGUGUGUGUGUGUGCACUAGUGUCAGCGUGUAUGUACACACGUAUGUGUGAGUGUGUGUGUUGUGUGUGUGUUUACAUACCAAUACAUGUGUAUAUUCCUUUUAAAGAAGCUUUAUUGAAUGUGUUCUGAUUUUGAGGUUUAGUAGUAGUAGCUAGCUGUAGUAGGUCCUGCUGCAGUUUUUAUUUAGCAUGGGGAUUGCAGAGCGACCAGCACAGUGGACUCCAAGGUGGUUCAGACAAGACCCAGGGGAGCGGUCACCAUCAUCUUCCCACCAGGAGCCUCCUCAUUGCUGCGCACGUAGACUGUACACUAUGAAGAAAACACAGGAAGAAAGAUUUGGUGACUUGGUACUUGUUUGCUUUUCUCUGCGCUUCAGAAACAAGUGUUUGCAAAUGAGACUUUCUCCUGGCCCCUGCCCCUGGGGAUCAGCAUGGUUGUUCUUCCAGUCGGAAAUGUACCCCCCUCCUCUCCCCCUCUGUGUGCAAGUGAGGGGGUGGGGCAGGCACAGGACAGAGCUGGAAGCAGGCUUCUGGGGAGUGGGACUUGGAGGCCACACUUGUGAAACACUCGGACUGCUGUUGUAAAGCUUUUAUUUCUGGUGUGUUCGUUCCACAGCUGUUUGAAAUGUUUAAUAAAGCUUUAUAAACUUUA